GGAUACACGUGCGUUACAGAGAGCUAUGAUCCCCUCUUCAUGCACCUUGACCUGUCCUUUGGUACCCAUACCGGCAGCUGUGGCCACAUCAUGCACUCUCACUGCUGGCAGAGAUACUUUGAGACACUCCAGAGUCAGGAUGCGCAGUGGCUGCAUGAGCAAACCAGUUACGAUGUAGAGAAUGGGGAGUACUUGUGUCCACUCUGUAAGUGUCGCAGUAACACUGUCAUUCCUCUCCUGCCCCUCACUGAGACCACCUGCAGGUACUCGCAUACAAACUUGUGCUUGUGAUUAUUCUAAGUGGAGUUGCUCUGAAUCCGGACCGCUUAAUAUUUUAACCAUUGCAUUGGCGAAUUAGUUGUAGUGGUUCUGUAACCAAUGCAAACUUGCCUAU